AUGCAACCACCAGGGUUUAUUGACAAGGAUCACCUUGACUAUGUUUGCUCUCUUCGAAAAUCUCUCUAUGGCCUCAAGCAGGCUCCAAGAGCUUGGUACCAAGAGCUGCGUGACUAUUUGCUCUCUCUUGGAUUUUAUAACUCUCUAACAUAUGUGUCUCUUUUUAUCUUCUCUGAUGCAGGUACCACUCUCUAUAUUCUAGUCUAUGUGGAUGACAUUGUCGUCACUGGUAAUAAUCUGGCCCGGGUUGACUCCAUUAUUGCCUUACUUGGUCAUCGUUUCUCCAUCAAAGAUCUUGGUCCACUUUAUUUUUUUGGGUGUAGAAGUUGUCCCGCAUUCUCUUGGUGUUGUUUGUCUCAGCGCCGCUAUAUUAUGGAUCUUCUCACAUGGACCAAGAUGGCCGCAUCGCAUCCUGUCCGUACCCCCCUAGCGACGGCGACCUCGCUCCGACAUGACGGCGAUGUACCACUCUCGAAUGGUCGUGACUACCACGACAUUAUUGGCGGCCUCCAGUAUCUUGCUCUCACUCGUCCUGACAUCUCCUAUGCUGUCAACAAACUGUCCCAGGUCAUGCAAGCUCCAACCACUGAUCACUUGAAUGCUGCAAAACGGGUCCUUCGCUAUAUCAUGGGGACUAUUGAUCAUGGUCUUCUUCUUCACCGUCAGAGUUAUCUCUCUCUUCAUGCUUACUUUGACGCUGAUUGGUCCGGUGAUAAGGAUGAUUUCUCAUCCACCAGUCACAUAAAGUCUUUCAAAGAAGAAGAACGCCUUUUCUAUGCACACUAUCACGUGGGGUCAAAAUCUUUCAUGGAGGUUGCAAAGAAGACACGUAAUUAUAGAUGA